GCUACGGUAGCUUCACUCGGACGCUCUCUGACUUCCUGGUGAGUGGGGGCGUUUGUUCUGCCCGUUUCCAAACACAACAAAGACUCGAGUGGGGUGAGAUUUAGUGAGGUCGGUCCAGAGAUGAGCUUUAAAGCUUAAGUUUGUGUCUGAGCUGCGGUUGGAGUUUAAUCUGAUGCUAGGACGUUGAAGCGGGCGGCGGAAGGUCUUCAUUCAGUCCGCCCCGACGGUUCAACAUGUGGCUGCUUUUCGCCUUUUUAGCCGCUUUCACCGCUUUAACGAAGGCCGCCGUCCCCCCGGACACGACGGAGCAGGACUUCAUGUCUCUCAGAGCGAUGCUGGAUGACUUUGAUGUGCUGCCUCUCUCCAGCCUGCAGACGCACUCCGUCCGCCGUCGUGACGUCCAGACUCAGACGCACGUAGAGAAGCUGAUCAGCUUCAGCGCCCUGCAAAGGCAUUUCAGACUCUACUUGAGGACCAACGAUGAGCUCUUCACCAGCGACUUCAGAGCCGUGGUUAUCAGCGAGGACGGCCAAGAGUCGACCUACCCGGUCAACAGGCACAACUACUUCACUGGACACGUCAUCGGGGAGGAGAACUCCCGUGUUCAGGCGCACAUCGAAGAUGACGAGUUCUCCGCUCACAUCCUGACUGAUGAGGCCGAGUACAACGUCGAGCCUCUUUGGAGGUUCACAUCGGCGCCCUCUGGCGGUCGCCUCCUAAUCUAUCGCUCGGAAGACAUCCGCAACAUCAGCCGCCUGCAGCAGCCUUCGGUCUGCGGCUACGUGACCUCUGACCCCAGUGACUUGCUCCCUGACAGCGUAAAAGCAGCUGUGAUGGAGGAAAAGGAGGAAGAAGAGUCGGCGUUCAGAGUGAAGCGUCACGUGCACGACCACAAGAAGAACUCGUGUCCUCUGCUGCUGGUAGCCGACCAUCGCUUUUUCAAACAUAUGGGCCGCGACGAGGAGAGCACCACCCUCAACUACCUGAUUGAGCUGAUUGACCGUGUCGACGACAUCUACAGAAACACGUCAUGGGACGAGGGGUUCAGCGGGUACGGCGUCCAGAUCGAUCAGAUCAUCAUCAAGAAGUAUCCGACUCCUGUGGAUCCCGGAAAAACUCAUUUCAACAUGAAGGGAAGUCCAGUGGAGGGCAGAGACGUUUGGGAUGUGAAGAAGCUGCUAGAGCAAUUCAGUGUGGACAUCGCGGGGAAAGCCUCCAACGUCUGCCUCGCUCAUCUCUUCACCUAUCAGGACUUUGACGAGGGCACUCUGGGGCUUGCCUACGUCGCCCCGUCUAAAGCCGACAUCGCUGGAGGCCUCUGCUCCAAAGCUAGUCCUUCGACCUUAAAUGAGCAGGGAGUGAUCUACCUGAACACUGGCCUCACCAGCACCAAGAACUACGGCAAGACCAUCCUGACCAAGGAAGCGGACCUGGUGACAACCCAUGAACUCGGCCAUAACUUCGGCGCAGAGCACGACCCGGACAAACCGGAGUGUGCCCCCCGAGAGGACCAGGGUGGGAAGUAUGUCAUGUAUCCCAUCGCCGUGAGCGGAGACCACGUCAACAACAAGAUGUUCUCCGACUGCAGUAAGCGCUCCAUCGUGAAGCGUCUCAGGUUGAAAGCACCGUCCUGCUUUAAAGAGAGGAAGAUCAAUGUAUGCGGGAACUCCCGGGUGGAGCAGGGCGAGGAGUGCGACCCAGGACUGCUGCACAUCAAUUCAGACCUCUGCUGCACGCCCAACUGCAGGCUGAAGGCCGAUGCUCAGUGCAGUGACAGGAACAGCGCCUGCUGCAGGGAGUGCAGGUUCGAGGCCAAAGGAGCGGUCUGUCAGGAGCCCAUCGAUGCCACCUGUAAAGGACACUCAUACUGCACAGGAAACAGCAGCGAGUGUCCUCCUCCAGAAAAUGCUCCAGAUAAGACGGCGUGUUUGGACAGUGGCGAGUGUUUGAAUGGAGAGUGUAUCCCCUUCUGUCAGGCCGUCCUGAAGCUGCAGCCCUGCGCCUGUAACGAAACCAACGCUUCCUGUAAAGUCUGCUGUCGGAGCAGCGGCGGCGUCUGCACCCCCUAUCAGGACAUAUCAGGCAGUUUCCUUUUUCUCAGGAAGGGCAAACCCUGUACCGUGGGUUUCUGCGAUGGAGCGGGAAAAUGCAUGAAGCAGGUGCAGGACGUGGUGGAGCGUCUGUGGGACUUCAUCGAUAAGCUGGACAUCAACACGUUCUGGAAGUUUCUGGCUGAUAACAUCGUGGGCUCAGUGGUGGCGUUCUCGCUGCUGUUCUGGGUUCCUUUCAGCAUCCUGGUGCACUGUGUGGACCGGAAACUCGAUAGGCAGUACGAGCAGACCACCAAGUCACUUCUGUUCCCCAGCAAUGCCGAGCUCUUGAGCAGCCUGGAUUCGGCCUCCGUUCGGAUCUUCAAAUCUCCAACGUUCUCCUCCGGCCCCCUUCGCUUUCAUCCCAGUGGCCCCGAGCAGACUGGCGCCGACCCAGCCCAAAGCCCACCUCCUCUGGACAGCCCCCGCAUGGCCACCAUCCAAGAGGACCCCAGCUCAGACUCCCACCUGGAGGAGGCAUCCCUUGAGGAGGCGUUCGGACGUCCAGCAGGGGCAACCCGGCGCUCCUUCGAGGACCUGACAGAGAAGAUGAGUCGCAGUGAGAAGGCAAAGGUGUUCAGGCUGCAGAGGCAGCAUCAGAUCGACAGCAAGGAGACACAGUGCUGAGGCGGCGAGUGCCUCCACCUUCAUAGAAUAGCUCUUUGCCAUUGUACAUGUACAACGAAAUCCCGGCUCCACCUUUAGCUGCAUCUUCGUCAGGAUCCGUUCCAGACUGCAGAGUGUCAUACUCUGUAAGACAAAAGCCUCAACAGCUGGCACUCAGACCACAGACGUAUACAAGAUGGACUUAGCCCCGAAAAUAUGUUUUAAAUACUGAUAUAAAAAACAUGGUAGCCUGCUGGCGCCUCUAUUGGAUGAUAGAGGAACUGCAGGGUCUGGGAUCAGUUGUUUCAAUGAAUCUAAAUUCUACGUACAACAGAAAGUAAACUCAAAAAGUAAAACAAAGAAAUCUUCAGAUAACGUGCUUUGAUUUAUAUCGUUAUUCACUAUCAGUGGACAAAAUGUCCUUAUUACAAUAUAAAAACACUGUAGUGCCUUAAACCUGCAGCAGUGACCAGCAGGGGGCGCCUCCUCAGUGUCUAAAAGAGACUCCUGCUUCCUUGACCGUUGACCUCAGUAAACGACCUCCUGACGCGUUCAUGUCUCGAUUUCACUUGUUACUCAAUAAUGGUGUCGUUGGGGGCAGGGCUUCAGUACAGGCAUCGCAGCUUUUGUAUCUGUUCAUUUUCCUUCCAGAUGUUUUGCACUUUAGUCUUUCACGCCAGUUCUUUGUGUUCCUCUAAAACAGGUGGCCAACUCCAGGCCUCGAGGGCUGGUGUCCUGCAGGUUUUAAAUGUGUC